AUGUCUCGUCGUCUACUUAUUGCCCGGCCCGGCCACAUCUACCUGGCAACUUACACCUCCGCCUCAGCCACCAUCUCUAUUGACCUCGACGAGCCGUUUCCCGGCAAUCCCUCUUGGUUCGCUGUUUCUCCGACGGAUCCUCAUUUAUUGUACACGUUUGAUGAGAAUGGCUCGACGACUUAUGCUUUUCGACUGGAUCUUACGUCAAACACAUUGACCAAAGUCGCUCAAUCGGAAGAUGGCAGCGAGGGAGUCUGUCAUCUCGCUUUUAACAAGCUAGGAUCAAUCAUGCUUGGUGCUUCCUAUGCUGAAGGCACAAUCGAUAUAUGGAAUACUGAGUCUUCGAAUCCUGAGCUCAUCACGACGAUCCAGUCCAAGGACCCCGUAAUCGACGCCGGUAGAGUCGCGCGCGCUCACCAGGCCGUCCUCGAUCCCACAGGCCGCUUCUUCGUCGUCAACGAUCUCGGCACAGAUGCACUGCUCGUGCUCGACGCAUUGCGGCCAGAUGUUCCGGUUGUGAGGCGGGUCUGCGUGCCGUCUGGCUCGGGGCCGAGACACGGCGUGUUUUAUCCCGCGGGAGAUGCGCCGGCGACGCAUUACUUUUUGCUCUGCGAGACGAGUAACCGGGUUGAGGUGUUUAAGCUAAAGUACACGGAAGUGGAUGUCGAGUUUGUUGCUGCGGGGAGCUAUUCUACGUUUUUGGAUGAGGAGAUGGGUGCGUUUGCUGCGGCGGGGGAGAUUGUGCUUUCGGCGGAUAGUAAACAUGUUUACACUUCGAAUCGGUUGAUGACGAGUCCGACGGAGACGAUUGCUCACUUCCGGAUCAAGCCUGAGGGCGAAGAUGCGGAGUUAGAGUUGGAAUUGGUGGCGGAGACGUCGACGCAGGGGAAACAUCCUCGGAUGUUUAGUCUGAGCAGGAAUGGGAACGAAUUGUUUGUUGGGAAUCAAGAGGGAGAAUGGGCUGUUGUAGUGUUGAGGAGGAAAGAAGAUGGAACGCUGGAAGAGAAACCUGUUGCAGGGGUUCUGAUGGAGGAUAUCGUGAAAGGAGAAGGAGACCAGAGAGGACCAAUGUUUGUGCUGGAGGUUGUGUAG